ACAAACUGAUAGACAGCCCCGCUAGCCACAAUUGCGGAAGCCAACAUGGAGAGAGUUAUUGCUCAAAGAGUUCUGAAGAUGAGCUUCCUUGUGGCCUUCGUCGGGUGGAUAAUGAUCUGGAUCAUGCUCCCAACUAAGACUUACAAGAAUAUAUGGACUCCGUAUCUUGAUAACAAGCUCAACUCAUCUUACUUCGCGGAUCAAGGAACAAAUCUGCUGCUCUUUACUUUUCCGGUGAUGUUCAUCGCCGCUUUCGGCUGCAUUUAUCUCCACCUCAAGAAAAAUUCCGAGAAGCCUAAGCUCAGUCCGAGAGAUGGAAAAUGUGUUCGACUAGGCGGUUUCUGGAAACGGCCGGCAGUUGUGAUGGCUCCUCUGGGAGUAGUGAGCGCAAUAGAGCUCGUGUUCGGAGUGAUGUUCAUCACUCUCUUGAUCUGGUCGCUCUCGAAUUACUUGUACGUGAGUUUUGGCCAACUCCAUAACCACGACGGGGCGAAAGUGUGGCAAGCAAAGUUUAGGAGUGUAUCACUGAGGCUAGGGUACGUUGGGAACAUCUGCUGGGCAUUCCUCUUCUUCCCAGUGACAAGAGGCUCUUCUAUUCUGCCAUUAGUAGGGCUGACGUCAGAGUCGAGCAUCAAGUAUCACAUCUGGUUAGGGCAUAUCUCAUCAGUCCUCUUUGUUGCCCACACCGUCGGCUUCAUCAUAUACUGGGCCAUGACUAAUCAAAUGAUCGAUUUGCUGGAAUGGAGCAGUACGUACGUAUCGAACCUGGCCGGCACUAUAGCAAUCAUAUUCGCUAUCGCCAUGUGGGCGACUAGCUUCCGCCCAGUCCGCCGGAAGAUGUUUGAGGUGUUCUUCUACACUCACCAUCUCUACAUUCUCUACAUCGUCUUCUAUGUCCUUCACGUCGGAGCGGCCUACUUCUGCAUGAUCAUUCCCGGCAUCUUCCUCUUCGUCAUUGACCGGUACCUGAGGUUUCUGCAGUCCAGGAAAAGGGCCCCACUCCUAUCUGCUCGUCUUCUUCCCUUUGGCCUCGUUGAACUGAACUUUGCCAAGAGUAACAAACUGAAGUACAAUCCGACAAGCAUACUGUUCGUGAAUAUACCGAGCAUUUCGAAGCUUCAAUGGCACCCUUUCACGGUCAUCUCAAGCAGCAGUUUGGAGUCUGAGACCCUGAGCGUUGCCAUCAAGUGUCACGGAAGCUGGUCUCAGAAGCUUUAUCAAACAUUGAUGUCUUCUACUUCUCCUCCCUUGGACCGCCUCGAAGUCUCAGUUGAAGGACCCUAUGGACCGAGUUCUAUGAAUUUCUUAAGGCACGAGGUGCUAGUCAUGAUUUGCGGGGGUAGCGGCAUAGCUCCCUUCAUUUCGAUAAUUCGGGAGUUAAUCUACCAAAGCAAUAACCAACCCGACUCUCAGCUCCCAAAAAUAAUGCUAGUGUGCGCAUUUAAGAAAUCCACUGACCUCGCAAUCCUUGACCUCUUACUUCCAAUCGGCUCCCAGACUUCGGUCUCCGACUUUAUUUCACGAACUCAACUCUACAUCGAAGCCUACAUAACCCAAGACCAUGACGACCGGGAAUCACAGGACCCGAAAGAUAAAAACAUCCAAACCCUUUGGUUCAAGCCUGACCUGACCAUAGACCGUGCCAUUGCCCCAGCCUUGGGGCGGGACUCCUGGCUCUGGCUUGGCUUGAUCAUCGUGUCCUCGUUUCUCUUGUUCCUGAUCCUCCUGGGCCUCGUGACGCUCUACUACAUAUACCCGAUCAUAAAACCGGGGGGCCUUAGCGACCCCAGUAAGUACCACUUCUCAUAUUGGAUCCUGUGGGACAUGUUCCUGAUAUGUGCCAGCAUGUUCACGGUUUCGAGCAUUGCGUUUCUGUGGACAAAGAAGGACAGCAGCCGGGAAGCAAUGAGGCAGGUCAAGAGCCUGGACGUGCCGAGUCCGAUAGCAUCUCCAGGGUCCUGGUUCGUGGGGCCGGCUGAGAGGGAGCUCGAGAGCCUCCCCCAACAAUCGCUCGUUCAAGUGACUAAGGUGCACUAUGGUACAAGGCCCGAUCUCAAAAAGAUAUUAUUUGAUUGCAAAGGAUCGGCCGAUAUAGGAGUGUCCGUGUGCGGACCAAGGAGAAUGAGACGGGAAGUUGCAAAGAUUUGUUCAUCGGGUUUGGCCAAUAACCUUCACUUCGAGUCCAUCAGCUUCGACUGGUGACCAAUUAUCGGAUUCUGAUCUCACGUACAAGGCAGGAUUAGAUCGAAAUAAAAUUGUGCAAUAAACGAAAAGAGUAUAUAUAGAGUGGUUGUGUUAUGUGUGUAUGAUGACACGAUAGUUUUUUAUUGUGUUAUGUUUUGUUGUUUAAUGUUGUCUUUCUUAUUUAUCCAAAAAAAAAAAAUUGUUGUCUUUCUCGUUGUAUCCGUUGUUUAAUUUGGUGAGUGUGCUGAUUAUGAUGAGUAUAUGAUUUGCAAAUUGUGGGAUAGGAAAUUGUAAGUGCCUCAUGUUUUUUAUUAAUGGCAAUUUGGGAAAAACCGAAU